GACCGGAACAGUGGUCGGGAUUGCAAUCGGAGGUGUAUUUGGCGACAAUGGAGUCGAUUGCUAAGCUCCGCCGCCGCCGCCUGCCCCGAAAGUGGUCGGGAUUGCAAUCGGAGGUGUGUUUGGCGACAAUGGAGUCGAUUGCUAAGCUCCCCCGCCGCCCCCUGCCCCGAAAGGGUGAUGUUGCCUGCUUGAAAAAGUUGUGAUUGGGAACUCAUCUAUUGAUAUGAAACCACGUUAUUGCUAAUGAAGAUAAAACCA